AUACAUUCGCCGGCGCUCCGCAGUAAGUCGUGCAACUCUGCGCGUGGCGGACGUCUUACCAAGCUGCAUCGUGAGCACCGAUGCCCCGCUACGAAGCACGCCGCUCAAGCAGCCUCCUGAGCCCACCGGACGACAACGGGCUGUUCGCGUCUUUGCGAAACCACAUUGCAAGCGCAGCGAACGACGUGGAAGAUCAGUUCCGUUCCGAACUGGACGCCGGCGCUCGCGUAUCGUGCGAGGUCGUCUCAGCCACCACGCCUUCCAAGUCGAGGGCAGGAAGCCUGGCUGACGCGGCGGCGAGUCCGCGCCGACUCUCCGGUCGCAGAGAAUCGUCUGUGGGCAGCGGCAACCUUUCAGGUCGUGACACUCCGCUGCAGGCCGCCGACGACCCCAGCGGAGGAGAAGGUGCCCUCGGGUUCGGCUCGGUCGUGGCGCAUAUGUCCUCCGCUUUCCGAAACUACCUCGCCGACAUGACUGCGGACGCACCGGCGGAGCUGAGUCAUGACGUCGACCGCGAGGAUCGCCCGACGACGCCUCCAGUUCGUCAAGAAUCGUUGGGUCGCUUCUCGGUGGCACCUGCCGUAGCCGAGUUGCCAGGCCGCGUCGAGGAGCCCGUGGACGCUCCGAAGCCGGCGAAGUCUGAGAUUCGGGACGACCCCUUGGGCGUCGGCCGAGCGGCUCGUCGUUGCAACUUCCCUCGCCGCUCCCAGGACGCCGUUCUCGAUCCAAACGUGCUGGCUUCCCCAAGAGACGAGCAUGGUUAUGCCCGUCCGGAGAACGUCGACAGCCUUCCCGUGCCCCUAAGCGACUUCCCGGCGACCGAGAGGAAGCAGUCGCGCCGCACUUCGUCGCUCGUCCAGCUGAAGCGCUUCGCAAAGUUUCGCAUCUCGCUGAGAAACGGUGACUCUGCGCAGUGCGACGAACGGCCAAUCAUCCAGGAUGGCGGCAUGUCCAGCUAUGAACGGAACCUGUACCUUUACCACGAGGAAAUGCCCGACCGUCCAAGGGUGGCUACAUUGCUCAGCAGCCUGGCCAACUACGAAGUGGCUAUCCCGUCUGUCGCGGGGGAAGAGGCCCAGGCUGCUCCCAAGAAAGCCAAUCUUGGGACGUUGGCGGGUGUUUACUUCCCUUGUAUCCAAAACAUCUUCGGUGUCAUCUUCUUCAUCCGUCUCGUCUGGAUAGUCGGCACAGCCGGCGUCCCUGUCGCCUUCCUCACCGUCUUUAUGUGCUGUUGUGUGACAUUUACAACUUGCAUUUCUUUGAGUGCUAUUGCAACCAAUGGAAUUGUGCCAGCGGGUGGUUCCUACUUUAUGAUCUCGCGAUCCCUGGGUCCGGAGUUUGGAGGUGCAGUGGGAAUUCUCUUCUACCUAGCCACCACCGUGGCAGCAGCCAUGUACAUUACUGGUGCUGUUGAAAUAUUUCUGAAUUAUCUGGUGCCUGAGAUGUCUUUGUAUGGAGACUUCCGGGAAGAUCCAGAAGUCAUGUACCACAACUUCCGCACCUAUGGCACCAUCCUGCUAGUGCUGAUGACUUUUGUGGUGUUCAUUGGUGUUGCCUUUGUCUCCAAGCUUGCACCAAUUGCCCUCUUCUGUGUUCUCAUCUCCAUCACUUCUGUAUAUGUGGGAGCCUUCGUCAGCUAUGCUGGAAAGCCAGAUGUUGAGAUUUGUGUUCUGGGCGAUCGGAUCCUGAGUGGUGGAGAUUACAACUGCACCAAGGACCGUAACGUUUCCAACUCUCUUUGGCAUAUUUUCUGCAAAGAGAAUGAAAACAAAUCAUUGGAAGAUGACCACACUUGCUACCCGUAUUUCGAGGAACAUGAGGUGCACACACGAACUGCACUGCCUGGUCUGGCCAGUGGUGCCUUUUUUGAGAACAUUCCUGUCAUGUUUAAGGAGAAAGGAGAAGUGAUCUCAGCAUCAGAUGAAUCUUACUUCCCAUCCAAGAGCGAGUCAUACAUCCAGAUUUUGUGUGACAUUACCACUUCCUUCACUUUCCUUGUGGCCAUCUUCUUCCCUUCAGUUACUGGCAUUAUGGCUGGAUCAAAUCGUUCUGGGGACUUGGCUGAUGCUCAGAAGUCAAUCCCUGUUGGAACCUUGGCUGCACAACUGACUACUUCUAUUGUCUACAUUUCUGGAGUGUUUCUUUUUGGUGCAGCAUUUGACAACCUUUUCCUCAGAGACAAGUUUGGCGAGAGCAUAGGAGGCGGCCUAGGGGUGGCACAGUUAGCCUGGCCCCAUCCAUUGCUGGUGGUAUUGGGAUCUCUCCUGUCUACAAUUGGAGCUGGACUGCAGUCUCUCACUGGUGCACCACGUCUGCUUCAAGCCAUUGCCAAAGAUGGUGUUAUUCCUGUGCUCAAUGUCUUUGCGGUCAGCUCCUCAAGGGGCGAGCCAGUGCGGGCCUUGCUUCUCACUGCAUUCAUCUCGGAGCUGGGCAUCCUCAUUGGCAACCUUGAUCACAUUGCCCCCAUCCUCACUAUGUUUUUCCUGAUGUGUUACAUGUUUGUAAACUUGGCCUGCACUCUGCAGAGCCUUCUCAAGACACCGAAUUGGAGGCCACGUUUUAAGUACUACCACUGGUCACUUUCUUUGACGGGAGUGAUUCUGUGCCUCGUGGUCAUGUUUUUAAGCAGUUGGUACUAUGCACUUUCUGCCAUGGCAAUUGCAGGCAUCGUGUACAAGUACAUUGAAUACCGGGGAGCUGAGAAAGAAUGGGGAGAUGGUCUACGUGGUUUGGCCCUGAGUGCUGCCCGCUACAGUCUUCUACGCUUAGAAGAAGGACCACCCCAUACUAAGAACUGGAGACCCCAAGUGCUUGUCCUGUGCAAGCUCAACCAAGACUACAUGCCCAAAUAUCGCAAGCUUAUCACCUUUGCCUCGCAACUCAAGGCUGGAAAAGGCCUGACACUUGUCUGCUCUGUCUUGGAAGGAGAGUACAGCAAAAUGUACAGUGAAUGCCAAGCAAGCAAACAGAGCUUGAAGAAAGUACUUGAAGAAGAGAGAGUGAAGGGCUUUGCGGAUGUCGUUUCUGGAGGAAACACCAUUGAUGCCAUCUGCCAUAUCAUCCAAACAGCUGGCCUUGGUGGACUCAAACACAACACUGUUAUCCUUGGCUGGCCGUAUGGAUGGAGGCAGUCUCCUGAUGAGCGCUCUUGGAAGGUUUUCAUUGAAACUAUUCGAAAUGUUUCGGCAAGCAAGAAUGCCCUCCUUGUGCCAAAGAACAUCAACCAGUUUCCAGAUAAUACCGAGAAGCUCCAUGGAACCAUUGACGUGUGGUGGAUUGUUCAUGAUGGUGGCCUGCUCAUGCUCUUGCCAUUCCUGCUGAAGCAGCACAAGGUUUGGAAGAACUGCAAGCUGAGGAUCUUCACUGUUGCUCAGCUUGAAGACAACAGCAUUCAAAUGAAGAAAGACCUGGCCAUGUUCCUCUACCACCUGAGAAUAGAUGCAGAAGUGGAAGUUGUGGAAAUGAAUGACAGUGACAUCUCGGCAUACACCUAUGAAAGAACACUAAUGAUGGAGCAGCGUACAGAGAUGCUCAAGCAUAUGAGGCUGAGCAGGCGAGAAACCUUGAGCAUGAUUCAAACAAUUGUGGAUCAUCACCACAAUCCUCUCCAGAACCAUACUAGUUCAAAGGUGCGGUUUAGUGACAAACCACCUCAGCAAGCUGGUGACUCAGAAUUGGUGGAUGUAGUUGCUGAUGAAGACAAUCGUUCAUCACGCCACUCAUCCCGGCACUCAUCGCCAACAAAGUCUGCCUCAGGUUCACCUACAAAGCAGGCUUCUUCACCACCCAAAGAGAGCUCACCCGUCACUGCUGCUGAAGAUGGUGGGAAAACAAAAACUGAAAGCCCCGAGAAGAAAGCUCAGGACGGCUCUGGAGAUGCCAGCGCUGCAUCUGCUAACGGAGUGGCAAGCAAGGGCCCCUCUGCUGCACCAGCUGUUGCUGCUGCUGCUGCCACAUCGGAUAGCCAGAAGAAGCCAGAGUUCGACAGCCUCAUGAAAAUAAAGCCGGAUGAAGCCAAUGUGCGCCGUAUGCACACUGCAGUGAAACUGAAUGAGGUGAUCGUAAAUAAAUCGCAUGACUCCAAGUUGGUAAUCAUCAACCUUCCUGGACCUCCUAGGAUCCAGAGAGGAGAGGAGAACUACAUGGAGUUCUUGGAAGUGCUCACAGAAGGUCUUGAGCGUGUACUGAUGGUUCGUGGUGGAGGCCGUGAAGUGAUCACCAUCUACUCUUGAGCUGAUGGUACCCCCUGCAGAGUUGCCCUUGCUGCGACCCUGCUUGAAGAGCUCACGACAGUGCUCUUCUCUUCCGCUGUCAUACUGUAUUAUUUAUUUUUUUGUGCAUUUUUAGAGCGUCUUCUUAAAGUAAGUGCCCCCUUUCAAGGUGGUUUUGAGACAAGAGUCAAGCCUUGUGGCAUGCCUGUUUAUGUCAGGAACACUGACAAAUGAACCGUGACACAUAUGCUGAAACAUGUACUGUAAACUGUUGUACUUAAGUAACAUUCUUCACCAACCACUGAUCAGGGUUAGUAUUAGAAUUGAAGUGCCACUCGGAUGUAAUGAACGUAGUGCCACUGUUAUAUAAGUUUGUUGUCAGCUGAGACAUGAUGAAACAGAAAAAGCUGUGCGAUGAACUACACGGUUUAUGACUAAGGAUCGACUGGGUUUUUACGUGUUGAUAUAAUGUGACUCACUUUUUGAGGGUAUUUAUUGGCAUCAAUAUUCGUUCAUAAAAGGUUGAUCCAGCUGCUUCCAGGCAGAAUAAAUCCUAUUACUGCCAUUGUGUUCCAAAUUACAAGUGUUUGUUAACUGCAGACAGUCUUUCCCAUGGCUGCAGAAAGGAUUUGUAAGUUCAACACUUGUGUUUUCUUUUCUUUGUUAACUUUGACUUGGUUUAUAAAACUGAAGUCAACAGGUCUCUUUCUGAAAAGCUCUGUUCAACCUGCAUCUCUUGCCUUGUGAUAAUGUGUGUGCAUGCAUAUGUGCCCAAAGCCAGUCACUGCAGUUUUCAGCAAAGGACCCCUGAUGUGCCACCCAAAAGUUGUGAUCCACUGUAUGAGAGCUAAGAGUUUACACAUUUAGACAGUGAUAUUGCUGUGACUGGUUGUUUCUGUCUUAAAGUUGGCUGCCUUGUGGAAAUGCAGAGCAAACUACAAGCAAACAGCUGGUCCUCUAAAGUUUGAGGCACUGCCUGCCAACUUUUAUAGAUCUCAUUGCGGGAUCUGCAAAAUAUGCUGAUGCAGUACUGCCACAAUGCUCGACAUCUUGUGCACUUGUUUCAGUGAUUAAAGCUGCAUUUUUAGUAAAUAGCUGCAGGGUGAUCUUUUGAAGGCAGGCUUGCUUUUUCUUUUUUUUUUCCAGUUUUAUGUGCGCUCAACAGUCUGGUAAAAUAGCUGCAAUUUUUUUUUAGUUCUAAGUGCAUUGUUGUAGCAUUAUUUUGCAUGUGCUUAACAAACACCGCAUAGUAGUUUUAAGUACAUCAUACUUGUGAAUACCUGUGACCCAAUCAUACAAAAAUGAAUCAUCAUGUGAAAAAGUGCUAGUCGCAUUCCCAAGUGUGUUUGUAAUGUUGUUUGUUCUGUUCCUCAUUGCAGCACCACAUGUGUGUUUUCUUGUGUGAAUUCUUCUUACUGCAUUUCUCCACCUUUCCUUUUCUGCAAAGUGUAAAUCCGUUGGUCUUUUUAUUAUUAUAGUGAUUAGUAAUUAUCUGCUUGUCAGCCUAAUUGUCCUUUAGUGUGCAAUUCCGAAUGACAGCAUCCACAUAGAGAUCAUUUGGUGGUGUUGGCGUAUUGCAAGCUAGCUGUAACUUGUUUCACCAGUGUUUACACAAGUCGAUAACUCUUAAGAGUUAUCACUGUGAAAUCACUGGAUGACUUGGCAUGUUUCACAAAAACUAAACACGCCUACCUGCAAAAUGUGAAUAACGUAGCAGCAUUUGCAACUCAUGCUAUAGGCCAGUCUAAAUGUGCUCUGCCUUUCAUUUGCUCCUAUACAAUUCUCUUGCAGUGUCCUUCUCUUUGUGAGCCUUAUUAUCAAGGAUCUAUGGUGGCUUUUAAUACCUUUGCAUAGAUUUUGCAUGGUCCUUGCAGAAUGUAGUUGUGUAGAAGCUGGGAGAUCUUUGUGUAUAAUAUGUACCGCAAGCAAACCCAUAGUACCUUGUAGCCAUAUGUACACAUGUGACAAUCCUCCCAGCAGCGUUUCUUUUAUCUGCAAGGCUCAACAAAACGACUGCACUUAGUAACAAAAAUGAAAUGAAGACAAUGUUGUUUUAAAAUAUUAGUUAGCUUGAAGUGCAUUGGAGUGGCUCAGGGCUGUCUUUCUUUCCUGGCUAUUCUUUACAAAGUUGCAAUAAAUAAUGCCUAGUGACUUCAAGUUACAUGAAUGAAUGCACCUUAGCUCUUUAGUUUGUAAUGUAUUUAUCUGUGCUGCAGGAGUAGUUUAAAGUAGUGUGUUCAUUUUAAGCAUGCAAGAAUGAUAUGAAUCUAAACCAGUAUGUUGAGGGAGCUUGCUCGUGUCUUAACUUUAUGCAGGAACUUGUUUGUUUGGAGUAAGCUGCUUAUAUGCACUUUCAACCCACUAACUAGGGCAUUAAGCGGUACUCAGAAAUGCAUUUAUUUAGACUGGCUUGCCGAGGUUAUUUUGUUGUAAAUCCUUUCUAUUAUUUUUAUGAUGAGGCUUGCAGCAAUUAGGCAUCUGAGCUGCGCAUUACACGACCUAAAAUUGGCUUGAAGAGGGCCUUAUGAAAAAAAAAUAAUAAUAAUAAUAAAAGGUAGAAUGACCGCAACUUAUGACGAGCUUCGCCAACUGAACAAAUGCAGUGGCAGUUGCAGCAAAUACACAGUGAUGCCACAUUGUUUGACAAACAUAAAACAAGGUGAACUCUGCAAGUUCACUUUGCUACUCUUAAAUUUGCUAUUUGUGGCAUACUUUCUUCCUUCUUCAAUAUUAGUCAGACGUUGUGUGCUGUAGCCUGAAGUGUGUACUUCAGCAUUCACACGUUGUAGCCAGGUCUGUAGCUGUCCUUGACGCAUGUGAUGUCUGCCAGUUGGCAUGUGUUUCCUAGUCGGGUAACAGUAGCAGUUAGUGAGGGGCUUUUAGGGGAAGCAACAUCAAAGAUCGCCACAGAAAAGUUGUUACGAUGGCAGUGGCCUGACAGCCAAUGUGGGUAGAAAAAUAAAACUGGGAUAGGUGUGAGGCAGUGGGCCUGUUGGAUGUGUUUCCCCCUGCAUAGCUCAAUAUUGACUGUUACAAAUAUACGAAUGUUAGAGAAGCACUGACUGUAUUUUUGUAUGUACAUACUCUCUUUUCCCUGACCUUCCAGAUGUGAAAACGUAAAAAAGACAUGCAUUUAUGCGACAACAUGCAUAUUUGGUGUGGACAUUAGCCUAGACAACUGGUGCAUGAAUAUCUUUAAAAGUCCUUAGGUCAUGCAGCUAAAUGUUCCGAUUAUUCCUGUGCAGCAGUGUCGUUUGAUGUCUCUGGUUUACUUGUGGUUUGCUGUUAUGUUUAAACCUGGACAAAUAACUUCCACUUGUGGUGUGGACUAUAGCCAUCAGCAAGAUAUGCAAUUUGUUGAUCUUGGCCUGCACCCAUAUGAGCUAUGACUGGCAGUAACACAGUGGCAGUGUGAUGUUGCUUUAUCCUUUCCUUUCCUUGCAGCACUUCCCAAAUAGUGGUUUACAGUGGCUCUCAUAUUGCCAGGCAUUUGCCUGUAAUAUCAGUGAUGAGUAAUUUGAGGUGGAUUUAAGCACUUGGCUCACAAACAGCAAAGUAUAAACACAUACAAAAAGACUGGCAUGUCUGAACAGAGCUCUUAGUUUAAUUGGAAUUCUAGUUUUGUGCAGUAAAGCAUAGACUAAGUCAUCGCUAGUGUAUCCUCACAUGCCUGGUUGCUGUCUAGCUACCUUGCUCUUGGCCUGUUCGAAAGCACUUCUGUAAGCUUUUAUAUGUACAGAUGUCUCUGAAAUGCUACUCUGUCCCAGAUUUGUACAACUAGAUUACCAUGAUACAACGCAAGCUGUUUUCACUUCUAGCUUCCUGAAACAUGUGCAGUUCUUGUGUCUCAUAACUCAUUACAUAUAUAUAUAUAUAUAUAUAUAUAUACAUAUAUAUAUAUAUACAUACAUAUAUAUAAAUAUAUAUAAUAUUCCUUUUGAUGUGAUACUGAAAGGAGCAAAGGUGAGAUAUGCCAGUGCUGGAAAGCGCAAGGAUCGACAUUUGCAAGAUAAGUCUAUCCACUGCUGCCAUUUUCCGAGUAGUAAUCACUCACGGCUAGGUUUUCUGUUUUAGUUUACCAGUGCUUUGACCUAAUUUUUUGUCAUCAUUUGUGUGUCUGUGAGGCUCAAAGGGCAUCCACAGUCAUCUGAUGUUCAUUUUGGUUGAGGCAACCUUGAAAUGCUGCUGUCUCAACAUUCAUAUUAGCAGUUCCUAAGAGUUAUAUUUAUUUGUUGAACACCUGCAUAUGAAGAAUGUGUGUGUAUGUCAUUAUAGAACACAUAGCUGCCAUGAGGCAGUUUUGAUGGGCAUUCAUUUCAGUGGUGUAUCAUUUUUUCUUGUGACCCUGUUCAGCGACAUUCUCUUGAAGGCAUGGUGGGCACGUACAGACAUAUGUGCUUCAUUAUUGUUGCAUCUAAGCUUCAGCCUAUCCAGUUUACAGAAGUUUGUCAUCAUCACCAUAAAGAACAUUAGCAAAGAAUCUGUAAAGAAGCUGUUAAUAAGUGAACAAUUUAAUGCAGUGUCACUUCAGAACAGUGCAAACCAGUCAUAACAAAUAGGCAUGUUAUUGACGGCUAGGUAAUAGCAGUAGCAUGAUUUGUGAAGAAUUUAUAUAAUAAGAAUUAAUGAUUCAUCAUAGUAUGAACACAGUUGUCGAUAUCUGUCAUCAUUAGUUGCCUGCCAGGAAUUAACACCAUCAAAUACAAGUAUACAUACUUUUUAAAAUAAUUUUGUGGGAUUAACUUCCAUGCCCAGGGCAUACAUUACUGUGUGCCAUUUGCCAGUCACAACACUGCUACUUGCUCAUCAAUUUCUAUACUGCAGCUGUGCAAAACUGACAUAAAAAGUUAAAUAUAUAUAUAUAUAUACAUAUAUAUAUAUAAGGGAUAAAGAGAACUAUUUCAUCAUAGAUUGUAAAGGCAUACAUUGUUAUAUGUAUCCUAACACAUUCUUUUUCACAUCCACUAUCACUUCAGCAUAGGAGAAUUCUGUUGUGAGAGUGUUUAAAUAUCCAGGCUGGACACUAGCAAGGCCCAGGUAAAUAGCUUUAACAUGUACAACUUACUGACCAGGUGAUAUCAGUGGUGCUGCAAUAGUUCUUUGGGUGCAUUUAGCAAUGCCACUCUUCUAGUAAGGCUCAUUUCCUCAUAAGCAAUUACACUAAAGCUAUGGUCCACUUCUGCUCCUUGGCUCAGCGCAUCUGAUGUCUUGCAUUAGGGCAUAGCUAUUAAUUAAGAAGGCAGAACACUUGAUUCAAAUGGCACUGUUUAUGUGAUGUGUUUAUAUGCUUUGUCAUCGAAUAAGUCAGUUAAAAAAUCCGGGAAGCUUGAGUCCUGCAAAUUAUCUGUGCGUGAGGAGUUUCCCUGAGCACACCUAAGCACCUCUGAGGUAAAGGAAACGAGUUGCAGCAUACUUUUGCAGUGUACCACAGUGAAUGCUUAUCUUGGGUAAAAUUGUACAGGUACGAGCUCAAUACCUGGACCUCUUUAGGGGUGCAGCCUGAGAAUUAACUUUUCACCAUGGUUUACCUGCCAUCACACAUUCAGCAUUCAGUAGCCAUGUAUUGUGCUUUUGACGGGCUGUUUGAGACUGGAGUUGCUAGGAAAAAUAAGGUUGACGAGAUAUGGCGCUGUCAUUUUGCUCAUCCUGCGCCUCUUCCAAGAGCAUACUAACAAGCCAGCCUAUGCAAUGUCAAUGCAAUCACGUGUGCGAGAUCACUGUCCUCAAAGUUCUUUUUUUUUUCUAAGCGCAAGAUUUCUGUUCUACAAGUCAAGGUGCUGACUUUUCCUAAAUUUUGGAAGUAGGCAUUGCACAAUUGGUGUGCUCGCCACUCGCCACUGUUAUGAUUGGUGCAUGGCUGCAUGUGCACAAUGUACAGCCGCUCAUGUGAAGAUAUUUGUGCAAGUGCAGUACGGUCACAACAGUGCUGGCAAUUGGCUUAUGUAUUGGGGGUGUGGCUGCCAGCCUAAAUCUUUUCUUCAUGCUAAGACAGGACAAGGACUCUUAGACCAUGCUGCACCCUGCAUUGUGUUGAAUUCAUACCUGUAGCAAAACCUGUUCCUUGCAUGGGCUCUUUGUAAUGCCAUCCCGUGGCAACAACGAAAUGGAUUCAGCCGGAUGGCUUGCUACAUGCUGUUGUGAAUGUCUUGUUUUUUUUUCUGUUAGCCACCUGGAAAUCAACGGUGAUGGUACCGUUGAUUAUAUGAUCACAGAAGCUGAAAGAACUGGCCCAGUAAGCUGCUGCCCUUGUGUUGGUGUUUAGUGCUAUGAGGGAAAAAAAGAAAAAAAAAUGCUUAACAACUUGUUGCUUGAUGUUUACUGUAGUUUAUCAUCUCUGUUUAGAUCUACUAUUUAUAUAGUACUUUCCUUACAUGUACAAGUACUGUAACUAUACCUUUCCAGUGCUGAUGAGUGUGGAUGCUUAGCUAGCAACGCACAUGGGAGGACAAACUGAACAGAAAGAAGCAUGCUGUUUCUGUUUGGCUACUAUGAAACUCAAAGACACAAGGAGAAGUUGCAGCCUGAAUGAGGACAUCUUGCACUAUACACAUGUUUAUAAACCAUGUACCAAACAAAAAUAACACACCGAUAGACGAGUCUUUUUUUUUCCUUAAGCCAACAUACUAUUCAUGGCAGCGAGGAAGAGGCACAGGAGAGUGGGUAGCUAGCAUUUUGUUGGGAAAAGAAGUGAGAAAAUAUGCACAAAUGUGGCUCGGUUCAUCUGGUGCUUAGUAUGGUCAAAAUAGGUGCCGCACCUAGAACCAAUCUUGAAGGGGCCUGAUUGGAGCACUGCCCUACCUGCAUGCCUGCAUGCUCAGUGGCACACUUUAAAAUAAAACACCGUGAUGUGCAAUACACUGAAAAUGGGGUGUGCUAAUGGUUUAUCUCGCAGCUCUCUAGAAGGCAUAGACUUGUCUCGCCAUUCGGAUCUAUGACUGUUAUUCCCAUAGCUAGAAACGGUUUUUGGCCGUGAGAGCACCCUGUUUGUGGUGAGUGGUUGCUGAGCUAGAAAAUGCCAUGUGCUGCAGAACUACAGACGUGAGCAGCCUUGUCUAGAACGCGGGAAUGGCGGCUUCAGGUGCUCUCUGGAGCCAGCCAGUGACGUCUAACGGUAGUUGCUGGGCCCAAACGUGCCCAGCACCUACCGUUAGACGUUGGACCCAGCAGCUAGCAUCAGAAGUCACUGGCUGGCUCCGGAGAGCCCCGGAAGCCGCCGUUCCCGCGUUCUAGACAAGGCUGCUCACGUCUGUACAUUAUUGGCAUCAUUUGGGUAGUUUUAAAACACUCUUAAACUUUCCUUUAUGAAAGAUGCUUAAGAUGCAAUUGGACAGCUGCUCUAUUUGCAAGAUAGUUAUGUGGCCAUACAUGCUCGCAAGAACUGACAGUUGAAUGAAGCAAAAAUUUAAUUUAACACUACAUUACUAUCACACAUUGACUGAUUGUGUGCAUCUUGGCUGUGCAUAGACAUUUUUCUGAUGCAACGCUGGAGGCCAAGCUUUUUAAAAGGAAAGUUUGUUGAUAUGCACCUAGCACGUAGUUGCAUACAUAACAGAUGGUUCAAUAGGCUGUUCUGAAGCCACUCAACCGACGCGCCUCCUGCCACGGAGAGUUUUGGAGGUACUUCAUAGGUAUAGGGCAACCUCUGCCCAUGUACUGCAGUGGUAUGUGAAUGCCUGUGUGCACUGUAUCAACGACCUCCUCAGCAGGCAGUACUGAAUGCCUAGAUAGAACUUGUUGCUGGUCAAGCGUGCACCACCAUUCGCAAGUGCAACAGUGCUUCAUGGCUUACGCAAAGCGGAGCCAUUUGCAUUGCACAGGAUGGUGAAUCGAAUGUGUUUUGUUGUCAACUGAAAAGAGAGUUACGAGAGUAGAAGGAAUGCGUGGAAAAUGUUUAAUAGUAGUUCUCUCUGCCUUGUCCAUGUGAUGCCACCUCUUGGGGCAACCUCUUUCUUUCUUUCUUUUCCCCUCACAUUUUGUUUUUCACAUCGGCAGCAACAGGUCGUUGAUGGUGAUUGUAAUAGUUAAAAAGCUUGUGUUCUCAGCCCUAGAUUGUAUGUGUGCCGUUUUCCAUCGAUGUCUCGCUCUUCCAUUUGUUUUCGUUGCGUGAAAAGUUUAUCAGAGGAAUAAUAAAGACAUCUUGUUAACCUUUC